GAAGAAAUAAAAAGGUAGAGACAUCAUUCUCAUUUCAAAUAAUCACUGUCUUUUCAACUCCCGACAUUAUUUUCAUCUGUUUGAUGGUUACUGGACAAUCAACUAACAACUGACUUGGCUUCAAUAUGCACGUUUUGAUUAUUGGUUGUGGGCUUGCGGGCCUCACUAUAUCUAUUGCACUUGCAAAAGGAGGUCAUACUGUGGAAAUACUAGAAAGUUCUGAGCGAAUCUCAUACGUUGGAGCUGGUAUUCAGGUCACUCCAAAUUCUUCAAAGAUUCUUCGUACGUUAGGAAUCGAUUCAUAUAUUGAAAAGUAUUGUACAAAUCCAGUGGAUCUGAGGAUGAUGCGCUGGAAAGAUGGUCAGGUUCUUGUCGAAUGUCCGUUGAAAGAGCCCGCGGAAAAUGUAUACAUGUCUCCAUAUUGGCAUGUUCAUCGUGCGGAUCUCCAUCGUGGAUUACUUGACGCGGCGACGAAUCUUGGUUGUAAAGUUCGGUUGAACAGUCGUGUAGUGAACAUUGAUCCUUCAUUGCCCGCGCUUGCUACACAAGAUGGCAAACUUUACUCCGCAGACUUGAUUGUCGCAUCUGAUGGUCUACAUUCAAUGGCCCGCGAAGUCAUUCUAGGCAGAGCUGGAGCGCCCAUUCCAACUGGACAAAUGGCAUAUCGUGUAGUACUGCCAGCCAAAAAACUUGAAGGAAUUCCUGAGUUGGAGGAGAUCAUCUCUGUUCCUCGAAAUAAUCACUGGCUUGGCCCCAAUGCGACCAUUUUAUCAUAUCUGCUGGAGGGAAAGGAGGAAAAAUUAUUGAAUCUUGUUUUCACGUGUGAUGCAACUAUGCCGAAUGGGACAAACCAGCGGGUCCAAAGCAGUACAGAGCUUCGAGACAGGUUCAAAGAUUGGGAUGCAAGGAUUGGAAUGAUUCUUAAUCAUGUGGAUACCGCUUUAGAAUGGAGGCUGUAUACUCACGAAGAAUUAGAAAACUGGGUUCAUAACUCAGGAAAACUUUGUCUGAUCGGAGACGCAGCCCAUGCCAUGACACCGUAUCUCGCACAAGGAGCAGCCAUGGGUAUCGAGGAUGCAGCAAUACUUGGCGCGCUUCUGGAGAGGUUUCCUACCAAGGAUUCUCUUCCAGAAGUAUUAUCGAUGUACUGCAAUCUUCGACGGAAGCGAACUGCGAAGGUUGCUAAAGCCUCAAUCGACUCAAGAUACUUUACACAAAUGCCUGAUGGAGAGACACAGAAACGCAGGGAUGAAUAUCUAUUGGCCCAUCCUGGUAUUUGGCAAGGACAUAUGAAUAUACGGUCCCGGCAGGAAUUCUUGGAUGAACUAUUUGGUUACGAUGCGUACAAGGCUUUGGACCAUAUUUCUGCAGUACUUUGAUCGUAUUGUGGUUGGAAGUUAACAUAAUUGGUAGAGCUUAGACCUCGUUUAGCCGGAUAAUUACUUGCAUAAAGCACUUCAUCACAAUUCAUACCAAUCAAAUGAUGUUUCCGUCAUCGAAUUACUAGCCCACAAUGACAAAUAGUUACAUCAUACCAAUAGAGAUAUAAGCUUAAUAACUCAAACUGCACGUCCUGGGUGAUUGCAUAUUCCACCCAGAGAUAGUUCUUCAAUAGACGGCUUAGGUUAGUGGGCCUCGCUUACCAAAUUAUCGUACAAGUUCAAUUUAAACGGCA